AUGGUUAAAUUGUACAUACCGGAAGAGGCCGCUCUCAACCCUGAGUUGUACGGGUUGAGGAGAUCCCAUCGUGAGAGACAUGGUCCUGCCAUCGUAGAUAGUGAUUCCGAUGAAGAAGAAGCAGCAGCAGCACCAUCACGAAGAAAACGUAAAAAGAACGUCAAUGAUGACUAUAAUGAUGAUUUCGAUGAUGCCAGUGAGGAUGGCUUUGAUGAAGAUGAAGAUGACGAAGAUGACGAUUUCAUCGACUCCAGCACUAGGAAAUCGAAAACCACGAGCAGAAAACACAGUCAUAAGAAAAAGAAGGUGAUGUCUAGUGCAAGUAGCGUGCCACAAGAGAUUCGAUUUUCUUCGAGAAAUAAUAAACAGGUUAAUUAUGCAGUUGAUUAUGAUGAUGAUGAUGAUUUGCUUGAAAGCGAACCGGAAUUCGAAGAUGACGAUGAAAAUGACGACUAUUACUACUAUCAACAAGCCAAUGAGCAGCCUGAAGAUGAGCGCGGGGUUGAUUUAGUAAUGGAUCAUAAGUUGAAUGAAGAAAAUGCCGAACUUACCAAUGAUCCCAAGUUGGAUUACUUGUUCAAAAUCAAAUGGACUGACGCUUCUCAUUUGCAUAAUACUUGGGAGAAAUACCAAGAUUUAAAGGAUUUCAAGGGGUUUAGAAAAGUUGAGAAUUAUAUCAAACAAUUUAUAAUAUACGACCAAGAAAUAAGAAAUGACCCAUUGACCACCAAGGAAGACUUGGAAGUUAUGGAUAUAGAACGUGAAAGAAGAAGGGACGAGCAAGAUGAGUAUACCCAAGUGGAAAGAAUCGUGGAUAGUCAAAGAAUAGAAAAUGACUUAGGUGAAAACAAGUUGCAAUACUUUGUCAAAUGGAAACGACUUUAUUAUGACGAGUGUUCCUGGGAAGAUGGAGAGGAAAUUGCUAAAAUUGCUCCAGAACAAGUCUCCAAGUAUCAACAACGAUUGAAGUCCAAGAUCUUGCCUAAUCUUUCGGCAAAUUAUCCAAUCUCACAAAGACCAAGAUUUGAAAAAUUGGUGAAGCAACCGGUUUUUAUAAAGAAUGGAGAAUUGAGAGAUUUCCAAUUGACGGGGUUGAACUGGAUGGCAUUCUUGUGGUCUAGAAACGAAAAUGGUAUCUUGGCCGAUGAAAUGGGGUUAGGUAAAACUAUUCAAACUAUUUCCUUCUUAUCCUGGUUGAUUUAUGCCAGAAGACAAAAUGGUCCUCAUUUAGUGGUUGUUCCCUUGUCAACUAUGCCUGCCUGGCAAGAGACAUUUGAAUUGUGGGCUCCUGAAGUGAACUGCGUGUAUUAUUUGGGUAAUGGUGAAGCCAGAAAGACUAUUCGUGAAUACGAAUGGUACACUCCUAAUGGCAAGCCCAAGUUUAAUGUGUUAUUGACUACUUAUGAAUAUAUUCUUAAGGAUCGUAAUGAAUUGGGAUCAAUCAAGUGGCAAUUUUUGGCUGUUGAUGAAGCUCAUCGUUUAAAGAAUUCCGAAUCGUCAUUGUAUGAGUCUUUGAAAGGGUUUAAAGUGGCCAAUAGGUUGUUGAUUACUGGUACUCCUUUGCAAAAUAAUCUUAAGGAAUUGGCGUCAUUGUGUAACUUCUUGAUGCCGGGUAAAUUCAACAUUGAGCAAGAAAUUGAUUUUGAAUCCCCAGAUGCGGAACAAGAACGGUACAUCAAGGAUUUGCAAAAGAAAAUUCAGCCUUUUAUUUUGAGAAGAUUGAAAAAGGAUGUGGAAAAGUCGUUACCGUCCAAGACUGAACGUAUUUUGCGUGUAGAGUUAUCUGAUAUUCAAACUGAUUAUUACAAGAACAUUAUUACCAAGAAUUAUGCUGCUUUAAACGCCGGAAACAAGGGUUCGCAAAUCUCGUUGUUGAACAUAAUGAGUGAGUUGAAAAAGGCAUCUAAUCACCCAUACUUAUUUGACGGUGCCGAAGAACGAGUAUUGGCCAAGGCUGGUUCAGCAUCUAGAGAAAAUAUCCUUAGAGGUAUGAUUAUGUCCUCCGGAAAGAUGGUUUUACUUGAACAGUUGUUGACAAGAUUGAAGAAGGAAGGGCAUCGUGUUUUGAUUUUCUCGCAGAUGGUGAGAAUGUUGGAUAUUUUGGGUGACUAUUUAUCCAUCAAGGGGUAUCAAUUCCAAAGAUUGGAUGGUGGUAUACCGUCUGCGCAGAGAAGAAUCUCCAUUGAUCAUUUCAAUGCUCCUGAUUCCAAGGAUUUCAUAUUCUUGUUGUCUACCCGAGCCGGGGGGUUAGGUAUCAACUUGAUGACGGCCGACACGGUUAUCAUCUUUGAUUCUGAUUGGAACCCACAGGCCGAUUUGCAAGCCAUGGCACGUGCGCAUAGAAUUGGGCAAAAGAACCAUGUUUCCGUGUAUAGAUUUGUCAGUAAGGAUACAGUUGAGGAGGAAAUCUUGGAGCGGGCAAGAAAAAAGAUGAUUUUAGAAUAUGCCAUUAUUUCUUUGGGUAUCACAGAUGCCAAUUCGAAAAAGACCAAGAAUGAGCCAAGUUCGAGUGAAUUGAGUCAGAUUUUGAAGUUUGGGGCUGGGACAAUGUUUAAGGAAAAUGAUAAUCAAAAGAAGUUGGAAGAUUUGAAUUUGGAUGAUGUCUUGAGUCAUGCUGAAGAUCAUAUCACCACACCUGAUUUAGGGGAGUCUAACUUGGGUUCUGAAGAGUUUUUGAAACAGUUUGAAGUUACAGAUUAUAAGGCCGAUGUCGAAUGGGAUGAUAUUAUUCCUGAAGAAGAAUUGAUCAAGUUGAAGGAUGAAGAAAAGAGAAAGGCCGAUGAAGAAUACUUGCAGCAACAAAUUGCCAUGUAUUCGAGAAGGAAAGCCACUGUGCGUAAAUUUGAAAAUGGUUCCUCUGUUCCUAGUGAUGAAGAUAUCGAUGACGACGAAGAGCGUAUUGGCAGAAGAAGAAAGGCUGGUGAUCAUCAGUUAUCUGAAAAGGAAAUUAGAGGUAUCUAUAGAUCAAUCUUGAGAUUGGGUGAUUUGUCCGGUAAAUGGGAACAAUUAGUUGAAGAAGGUAGCAUCACCAAUAAGAACCCUGUCUUGGUUAAGCAUGCCUAUAAUGAAAUUAUCAACACCUCGAGACAAUUGGUUAAGGAAGAAGAAGCUAGACGUGCACAGGCGCUUUCUGAAUUAGAAAAGAAGGCCAAGGAACAGCGUGAUAAACCAUUAGCUCCUGGAGAACCAAAUCCUACCGCGUUGUGGAUUGCCAAGAAGAAGGAAAAGAAGGCGGUUUUGUUUGAAUACCAAGGUGUUAAAAACAUUAAUGCUGAGUUGGUUUUGAAUAGACCGGUUGAUAUGAAAUUAUUGGAGAAGCUAGUUCCUAAAGAUCAUCCAUUGAGCUUUGAAUUGCCUAGACCACCUAAGCUGGUUCAAGCUUGGAGUUGUGAUUGGAGUGCCCAGGAUGACGCAAUGUUAUUGGUUGGUGUUUAUAAAUUCGGAUACGGAUCUUGGGUUCAAAUUCGAGAUGAUCCAGUGUUGGGAUUACAGAAUAAGAUCUUUUUGGAGAAUGCACCUAAUUCCAAGGAGAAACCAGCUGAAGGUGAAGAAGCGAAUAGCAAAGCAUCUAAGAAGGUUCCUGGUGCUGUUCAUUUGGGAAGAAGAGUCGAUUAUUUGUUCACGUUGCUUGGAGAUGAAGACACUUCAAAUGGAGGAAGUUCAACUCCUGUACCUAGAAAGAAGGUGGUGAGAAAGCCAAAAAUGGAGACUCCGGGUGCAACACCAGCUCCUUCCAAGACCAAGAAAGCAAUCAAGUCAGAAACACCGGAGGUGUCUUUCCGCAAGAUCAAACCAAAGAAACCAUCUUCUCUUCACAAGCACACCUCGCCUCCUGCAGACAAACAUGGCCAUGGCCACGACCACGACCAUGACCAUAAGCAUCACCAUCAUCAUAAAGAAAAAGCGGAGUCUCGUGAUUUGGAGUAUGAUAGCAUGGAUGAAGAUGGCUGCAAAUCGGCCAUGCACCCCAUGGCUAAGUCUUUGCAUAGAUUGCACAAGGGCAGCAAAGGGUUGGAGAAACAUGAAUGGGCCAAGAUCUUGCGUAAUGAGUUGCUUACCAUUGGAGACUUUAUUGAGUCUGAGGCUAGAAGGGGCGAUGCCACUAAAGCAGAAAAGUUGAAGAAGCAUCUAUGGUCAUACACGGGUCUCUACUGGCCAUCGGUGGUCCCCAGCAGAAAGAUUCGGGAAAUGUACACUAGAAUCAAAGCCCAGUCCAAGGCGUCAUCGCCAUAG